AUGCCUGGCCGAAGCCAAGGUGUUUUGGUAUACUACACCACUCUUUCUCACUUCGGGCACACGACUACGGACUACAACAUACUUCAGUAUCCAACAACGACCACGGUGGAGGACGAGUACUGCCUCUCAGUGGUGCGAAUAAAUAGUAAAACGUUUAUUGCGUGUACUUCUUCUACGCCGCCCGGUGUCCCGUAUAUAUUUAGACACAACGUGGGGCAAGACAUCCUGGCCGAAACAGCUAUUUUAGGCAGAAUAUCGCAACUCUCGUCAGUAGGCAAGGCGCCACGACGGAGUCCAGUAGGACAGUUCGAUCAAUGUUUUAGUGUUACCUGCUGUUCAGUGUUAGCUGGAUCACCUCACCGUUCCCAAGAAACACGGAAGUUCUAUCAGAAGCUCAACGCAUCCCGCAACGGCUUCGUGCCGCGAGCCGAAAUAUGCAGGGAUAAAGACGGAGGCCUCUUGACGGACGGACGUGGGGUGAUCGAAAGGUGGAAGCAGUACUUCGAUCAGCACCUGAACGGUGUGGAGAACGUAGGCACGGGAGCCCACGUCAACGGAAGAAACGACGACGCCAGUGCAGCGGAGGACGGAAAUGAACCAACUCCCACGCUGAGGGAAGUUAAGGAUGCCAUUCACCAGCUCAAAACCAACAAAGCAGCUGAUAAGGAUGGUAUCGCAGCUGAACCCAUCAAGAUGGGCCCAGACAAGUUGGCCAUCUGUCUGCAUCGGCUGAUAGUCAGGAUCUGAGAAACCGAACAGCUACCGGAGGAGUGGAAGGAUGGGGUAAUCUGCCCCAUUCACAAGAAAGGCGACCAAAUGUGAGAACUUCAUGGCGAUCACUAUUUUGAAUGCUGUCUACAAAGUGCUAUCCCAGAUCAUCUUCCGUCGUCUGUCACCUAAAACGAAUGAGCUCGUGGAAAGUUAUCAAGCAGGCUUCAUCGACGGCCGGUUGACAACGGACCAGAAAUGCCGUGAAUACCAGGUCCCAACGCAUCACCUGUUCAUCGACUUCAAAGCGGCAUACGACAGUAUUGACCGCACAGAGCUAUGGAGCAUCAUGGACGAAAACGGCUUUCCUGGGAAGCUGACUAGACUGAUUAAAGCAACGAUGGAAGGUGUGCAAAACUGCCUAGGCAUUUCGGGUGAACUAUCCAGUUCAUUCGAAUCUCGCCGAGGACUGCGACAAGGUGACGGACUCUCAUGCCUACUAUAUAUCUAUUUUAUUGAUAUUUAUCGGUGAACGAGUAAAACAAUAUAUAGUAAAACAAGA